UGUCAGUUGCAUGUCAGUCGAGUGUUUUGUUUUGUGGUUUAUGCAAUGAUGUAUAAUUUCUGAUUUAAAGGACUUUAUGGUAAUACAAAAUAAAUGCAAAAAUUUGAUCAAAAAUUACAGAUUAUGUGACAUGAAUUUCUAUAAAAUCAUCACAUAAUGACAAAGAGCCAACUGUCUUUUAGGCUUCGACAAAAUGCGCCACAGCAAACACGCCGGGAAUCCCGUGAAAAAAGUCACAAGAAAGCACAAAAACCUCAAGUAACAAAAGUUGAAAGUACCAGCCCAGGUUUGAUAUUCCCAGCAGGAGAUACAGCUUUUAAAUCUUUAUUAUCAGCACGGUUUUGCGCUGCAAUAUGGUCACACAUAUCAGAUUGUGAUGAGACUUUUAAUUAUUGGGAACCUAUGCAUUACUUGAUUUUUGGCAAAGGUUUACAAACUUGGGAAUAUAGCCCUGAAUUUGGUUUAAGAUCCUACUUUUAUUUGAUGGUUCACGCUGCACCUGCAUGGAUUUAUCAAAAACUAUUGCAACCAAAUCCUCUGCUUAUGUUUUAUUUCAUAAGGUGUAUUUUAGGUCUUAUUUGUGCUAUAUCCGAGGUCUACUUUUAUAAGUCAGUAUGUAGGGAGUUUGGUGUCCACAUCGGAAGAAUAUGUCUGGCAUUCCAACUAUUUUCUGCUGGCAUGUUUAUUUCUAGUACUGCCUUUUUGCCAUCGAGUUUUGCAAUGUAUACCACAGCAGCCGCUUGUGCUGCUUGGUGGCAACAAAAAUUUGCGUUGGCAAUUUUUUUUACUGCACUUGGUUCAAUUUUAGGUUGGCCAUUUGCUAGUUUAUUAGGCUUACCGAUUGCCUAUGACAUGCUAGUGAGAAGAAAACUGUACCUGGACUUUGCAGCUUGGUCUGCAUUAUGUGCUCUAGUCAUUUUAGUACCAAUGAUAAUUAUAGACUCGAUGCUUUUUGGUAAAUUAAUAAUAGCGCCUCUCAAUAUUGUAAAAUAUAAUGUACUAGGAGGUGCUGGCCCUAGUCUUUAUGGAAAGGAACCGUUCUCCUUUUAUUUGUUCAAUGGUUUUGUCAAUUUUAAUUUCGUAUGGGUAUUUGCUUUGCUCAGUCCUCUAGCAAUAAUGUUACAUUAUUUCUUUGUACCUACAAAAAACAAGUGCACAUUCUACUUGCCUUACGGACUUUCCUUGAGUCCCCUUUACCUAUGGUUAGCGGUUUUUAUGCUCCAAGAACACAAGGAAGAACGAUUUUUGUUUCCAGUGUACCCUCUGAUAUGUCUCAGUGGAGCUAUAACAGUCGAUAUUGUCCAAAAGUUAUACUUUCGACUUCUUAACUUGUUCCAAAAAAUGCCUCAUGGGACCCACUACCUGGACAAAACAGUUUUUAUCAUGUUUAUAAGUAUUAUUAUUACUUCUUGGUUAGGGAUAUCGAGGGUAUUUUCUCUUUAUCGCAACUAUCAUGCUCCCUUUGAUCUCAUGAUGGAAUUGAAUAGGUAUCCAGUAGAUGCAAAUAUUCCAGAGAGAGCCCAAAUAAAUGUUUGUUUUGGUAAAGAAUGGCAUAGAUAUCCUAGCUCGUUUUUUCUACCAAAUAACAAUUGGAAUAUAAGGUUUAUAAAAUCAGAAUUCGAUGGAAUGUUACCAGCACCGUAUGCGGAAGGUGAAAAUGCGACGACGACCAUCCACAAGUACUUCAAUGACCUCAAUAAGGAAUCGCCAGAAUUAUAUUUUGACAUCAACAAAUGCCAUUUUAUUUUAGAUUCGGAUUUAGGACAAGAAACGACGUUAGAACCUAAUUAUGCGAACCAAAAGGAUCGAUGGAAAGUCGUAAAAUCCUAUAAAUUUUUAAACGCCGAAAAAUCGCAUCGGUUUUUUCGCGCUUUUUUAAUCGUUUUUAUGUCUGAUAAAUAUAUUACUUUUGGUAAUUUUAGUUUGUUACAAUCGACAAGAUUAAAAAUUAAGUAAUGGUCUUACUGGAUAUGUGAAUAGAUGGAUGUAGUUAUGAUUUUUACAAAUUUUAUACAUUCCAAUAACGGAUUUUUCGGGCAAUAAAACUUUUUUCAUCUAUGGACAUGUUUUGUAUAAGACAUUUUUUUUUUUCGGAUUUGUAGUUAAUUUCUUUACAUAGUGAUCCCCGUUCUUAAUGACAAGACAGUCUUUUUUAAGCUAAAUUAUUACAAUAUGCUAUUAAUAUUUACAGACGGUAUAUCAUUGACUGGAUUUUAUAAUAGUACUGCCUAACAAAUUAUACUAGAGCUGUUUUCAAAAUUUUAAUUACAAUAAAAUUCGAAAUUGUAAAGAAAAUAGUUAAGUUUUCAAAAAACAAAAAAAUUAGCCUCUUUGAAAUUCUUGUUUUAGUUAAGUGGUCAAGAAUUUGCUGAAAUUCAGUAACCACCACAUUGGCGUUAGGAAAUCUCUUACCACUUACCACACUUUUUUUUUUAAUCGGGCCAUAAAAAUAAAUUACAUGACUGCAGAUUCAUAUGAACAGUUUGUGGCUGUAUGUACAGUUGCGUUACCAUAGUUUAACAAAAUUACAGGUAAAUCAGUUGAAAUGCAAACAUUAAUGUUUGUCCAUAUCCAUGGUCAAUAACUCAAAUUUUACAGACACUGCAUCACUUCACUUAAUUCAAAAUAAAGCGAACAUUGAACCAAUCAAGACAAAAAAAUGUAUUAUAAACAUUUCAGUUUACAAUAAUACGCAUGUAUAGCCAAUAGGUACCAUCUGUAAUUAUUUUUACAUACAAUUUAAAAAUGACUUACUCAUUUCAUGGCAGCCAUAUACCUAUAGGAGUAUUUGUUGAUAGCUUGCUAUUAGGUUUGCUGCUACAGGCAAAACUUGCGCAUAUCCUAUUGACUGCGCCAGCCUCAAUUAACUUAAAAAAAAAAACACUUUUUACCAAUAUCAUUUGAAUAAAACCCUCGGUUGUUUUCUAGGUAUCAGCGUUUAUUAUUAUUGGUUCGGCAAUUACUUUCUAUCACUUUUAAAUAAAUUGUAGAGGGUGAUUGUUUAAAUGCUACUGAGUAAAAACUAUCAAUUUGACAGGUAAGCCAGACGGGUUGGGGACACACUGCAUAUGCGACUAUUUUGUGCCUACAACAGGCCUCAAAAAUAAGAAAAUUGGCCCUUUCUGACAAAAAAUAGAAUAUAUAAGCCAAAAAAGUAGCAAAUUUGCCCACACUGCACAUGCUAUGUUCCCCCAACAGGCUUGGCGUGUUUAUCGAGCCGUACACCUUUAAUUAUAAUAUAUUUAUAAUCACAAGAAAACACUGUAAAAAGUAAUAGAAUUUCCACUCUAUACAAAAGUGAUGCAACCGUUAAAAACAUGAAACAAACAUGUGAUUAUGUCUGCAAUAGUUUAAUUCUGUAUCUACAAAGCCUACUAAAUAAAUACUAAUAGGUUUAAAGUAAAUAGUAUCAGAACACGCAAGGAGUGUUCUGCGCACAUUAGGUUUAAGCCGCUGGACACACCAGGGUGCGUAUGCUUGAAAACGAGAUAAACUGAAACUCUCCCAAAAAAGUGGUAUUCUUGAAAUUACGUAAAAGGCCAGUGAGGAGAAAGGGGAUAGUGAAAAUGAUUACAAACUUGCCAGAUCGUUCCAAUUAGAAACUACGAACUUUUGACAGUAAAUGAAUACUGGCAUUUUAUACAGUAUGUCGCUAAUGUAUGGAAUAAAUUCAUUAUUUCUAAAAUAAUCGACUUUUGAAAAAAAUCCAAAAACAGGUCAAUUUUAAUUUUUGAAUCGUUAUCACAUGAUGUAGAUGUAACGAACAUUACGUCACCAGUAUUACCGUGGUGACGUAAUCGGCAAUUUUUUUAAAUGCAAUCAUGUGUCUCAAAACACCUCAUUGGAAAGGUCUUCUAAUCGUCUUUACAACGAUGUAAUUAUUUGAAUAUUUAUUUCUACAGGGUCGACCAGAGCCCCGAGGAUUCGGCGCCUAUGACUCCAGGGAUACAAAUUCAGGAUGCGCAGAAGACUGUUGUUUUAUUAUAGGCGGUUGUCAUAUAUUGUAUUAUCCGAGUUGCGCAGUGUAUAAACUGGAACAUUGAGAUCAAAAGUGCCGACGCAGAGUGAGCGAUCUGAUUCUUUAGCUAUAAACUGUGGCAUAGGAAUCAAAAUGGCCGCGCCCUAUGUUGGGCGUGUCGGACCUCUCUCUUGCACCGUAUAGUAAUCAAAGUAUGUGACGAGUCAUUUUUGCUGUAAAAGCAACUAGUAACAAGCAUUGCGUUCGAUCUGCCAAAUUCCUUCAACUCUUUUAACUCCAAACGACCCUUUUAGCGUUCGGUUUAGUCCGAUUAGUGACAGUUUAACACGCUUAAAUGUUAAAAGCACCCUAAAAUUUGUCCAGCUCCAGCCCCUGACUAUCCGAACUCGCCUUAUAUAUCCUGAAAAACUUCACUUUUACAAUUUAUUACAAUAUGGAGGCGACGACGGCAAAAUUACGAGAUGGCAAAAUAAAAAAUCGAAAAGAG